UGCAAACAAUAUGCCUCGUUGUUCGUGUAAAAAAUUUAAAUGUGGGUGUCGCAUUACAUACCUCAAAUUACAAAAAUUAUAAGAACGUAAAUUAAUAAGACAACAUUUUUGCCUCUCUCUUAAUGCACGUUUUCGUAUUCAAAACGCACUGUUUUAACGACACACAUAACCCACUGUUUCCUCUGUUAUUUCAGUCCCAAACCCAACGAACAAAUCCAUACCAUUUCAAACCCCUUCCCCCUUUUCCUUCACUUCUCUGUGAUUUUAGAUUCGAUUCCAUCACGAAAUCAUGGCCUUCUUCUUCCUCCUCCGUCUACUGCAACUUCUCAUCUACGGUCUGUCUUUAAAACAGAGCCUCUGUUUUUCUGCAACUCAGAUGACCCUGGUUUUGCCUCUCAAAACACAGAUGGGUUUGAUUUCUCAGCCUUCCAAUAAGCUCAGUUUCCACCAUAAUGUCACUUUGACUGUUUCCUUAACUGUUGGCUCGCCUCCUCAACAAGUCACCAUGGUUCUCGAUACAGGGAGUGAACUCUCAUGGCUUCACUGCAAAAAAUCCCCAAAUUUAACCUCUGUUUUUAACCCACUUUCCUCUUCUUCUUACUCACCAAUCCCCUGUUCGUCCCCCAUUUGCCGCACCCGAACCCGAGAUUUACCCAACCCGGUUAUCUGCGACCCGAAAAAGCUCUGCCACGUCUUUGUCUCUUACGCCGAUGCAUCGUCGCUCGAGGGCAACCUCGCAUCGGACACGUUCCGAAUCGGUUCAUCGGCUCAACCCGGAACUUUAUUCGGGUGUAUGGAUUCGGGUUUCAGUUCGAAUUCAGAGGAGGACGCGAAGACCACUGGAUUAAUGGGUAUGAACAGAGGAUCGCUCUCGUUUGUUACGCAAUUGGGUUUGCCGAAAUUCUCUUAUUGCAUAUCGGGUAGUGAUUCUUCAGGGGUUCUUCUUUUCGGCGACGCACCUGUUUCGUGGCUUGGGAAUUUAACCUACACGCCUUUAGUUCAAAUCUCAACCCCAUUACCCUAUUACGACCGAGUCGCUUACACCGUCCAACUCGACGGAAUCAGAGUAGGGAACAAAAUCCUCCCACUCCCGAAAUCAAUCUUCGCACCAGAUCACACCGGCGCCGGACAAACCAUGGUGGAUUCAGGUACCCAGUUCACGUUUCUUCUGGGACCAGUCUACACAGCUUUGAAAAACGAGUUUCUAGAGCAAACGAAAGGGGUUUUAAUCCCACUGGGUGAUCCAAACUUCGUGUUCCAAGGAGCAAUGGACUUAUGCUACAGAGUAGCAGCGAAAGAAGGGAAGCUACCGCCGUUACCGGCGGUGAGUCUGAUGUUCCAUGGGGCGGAGAUGGUAGUCGGAGGGGAGGUUCUGCUGUACAGAGUACCGGGAAUGAUGAAGGGAAACGAGUUGGUGUAUUGCCUAACAUUUGGGAAUUCGGAUUUGUUAGGAAUAGAAGCGUUUGUGAUAGGGCAUCAUCAUCAACAAAACGUGUGGAUGGAAUUUGAUUUGGUGAAAUCAAGGGUUGGAUUUGUAGAGACGAGGUGUGACUUGGCAGGUCAAAGAUUGGGAUUGGGCCUUUAAAAAAAGCCCAAUUUAAAAAAGGACUGUCCAAUCCAUGGCCCACCUUAAGGGAGGGGGUGGCCCAUUGAUCGGACAGAAAAAGUUUUUUUUUUUUUUUUUUAUUUUUUUUAUUGCUAUGUGAGAUUCUCUGAACAA